UUCUUUCUGUAUCACUCAAUUGAGUCAAUUCAAAUCAAAGGGUGUGCUAAAAAGCACAAAAAUAAGAUCUAACAAUAAUCAAACAAGAACAGGGAGAAAGAUGGCACUUUUGGUUCCAUCAAUGGCUACCCAGAAGCCUUUUGCAUUUGCUGUUGGAUAUAAGAAGGCUGCAACAAUGAAGAGCUCAAGAUCAACAACUAAAUCAAGCAUCAAGCUCUUAACAAAUGUCGAAAAACUCAGACUUUUAACAAAAGCUGAAAAGGCCGGUUUGCUUUCAGCAGCAGAAAAGUUUGGUUUUUCAUUAUCGUCAAUAGAAAAAUCAGGGCUGCUCUCCAAGGCGGAAGAGCUCGGAGUCCUUUCAGCCGCGACAGACCCGUCGACUCCAUCGGCUCUCUUCAGCUUAAGCCUCUUCCUAUUGGUUUUGGGUCCCUUUUUUGUGUAUUUGGUACCGGAGGAUUACCCCUGGGAAAUCGUGCUGCAGGUGGUGGUUGCUCUUGUUUCUGUUGCUGGUGGCUCCGCCGCUUUUGCUGCCUCAAAUUUUGUUUCGAAUUUGCAAAAGUAAGGUUGAAAUUGUGUGUUUAAAAUCUUCUUGUAUUUUUGUUUGUAUACCUUUUGGAUACUUCAGAUUGUUAGCUAAAAUGUAAUAAUCUUUUUGUAUAAUAAAUUAAUAAAGAUAUGGAUUCGAAUA